AUGGCGGCCCGGAAGCCCAUCUUCAACCAGCAGGUUCUCUACGACACCACCCCCCUUCCGGACUCGAUCCCCUCGGUCAAGGAGGUCGGUGCGACCUCCGCGCCUCUUCUUUCGGCUUCAUUCUUUAUCGGCGCCCGAUGCCGACCGUACAACGAUGAUUACAUGCAAUGCAAGACCGAGAACCCCGGAAAGGGCGAGGCAGAGUGUCUCAAGGAGGGCCGCAGAGUAACUAGAUGCGCCGCCAGCGUGGUUGACGAUAUCAACAAGCACUGCUUAGAAGAAUUCCGCAAGCACUGGCAAUGUCUGGACAACAACAACCACCAACUCUGGCAGUGCCGAAAGGACGAGUGGAAGCUGAACAAAUGCGUCUUCGACAACCUGAAACUUGAGAAGUCAAUCCCCGACGUUGCAAAGGACCAGAUACCCGUCCAUCUCCGAACAAAGCAAAUCUAUGCACACUACCCUAUCCUGAGAGAUCGCGGCCAACCGCCCUUCGGAAAGUCUAUCGACCCACCUUCAACACAGGCCCAAGCCAGCGCGCCACCCUCGUGA